CUUGUUGCUACCAGUGUUGUGCCUGCAAAAUCAUAGCACAAGAAGGAAAUAAUAAUACUACCCCCUGAACCACAACUACCAUGCUCUCAGCCAAGCUUAUCCUCAUUAUUUACACAUGUAGUACUGUCCUCUGUGCUUUCAGGUCACCUUCGACAAGUUCUCAUAACUCUCGCAUGUGUCCCGGUAAUAGCUAUCUUCCUCAUUAUCAUUUGACGUGUUCCUCCAGCUACGUAGCUCCAACAGAAAUCAUUUGUUGCCAUGGGGAGUGUCCUCUAUCAUGUAGCAAAUUUGUACCACAUCUCAAGAGACUGCUCAGUGACUCGCCGGAAGUUAGACAACUGCUAGUACUAAACCGGGCUCACCUACAUAUGAAUUUGAAACGAACAGUUGCAGAUAAGUGUACAGAGCAAUACAAUUCGUUCAUUCGCCGAGUCCCAACUGAUGGUACAAUUCAAAUAAACAACGACUUCACAGCUGCUGCUCUUCGCCCUCCCUUCCGCCGCGCAUCCCAACAGAAGGGGAGUUUUUUUUAGAAAAAGAACGAACAGUGAGGAACUAAUCUCCACCCAUGUCGAUUUUCCCAAGAGACAGCAAGAGAGCAUGCGUGCAUGCCUUCCGGUGAUCGCACCUAACUCAUCCUCGAAAAGUGUAGUUGGCGCUCGAGUACGGUUAGACACCGCGAUCAGCUGCACAAGCUCAACUGUGGGUCGUCGUUUACUUGGAACGAGCUCUCAUCUUUCUGCGCUUACGUCUGAGCCUCCGGGAGCGCUUUUUCUUCCACUUCUCUCUCAUUUCUGGCUAGUGGAGUGAAGCAACGGUGAAGAAGUGGAG